GUGUUAUUGUCGAGGAUCUUUUCCGUUUUAUCUCACGCUUUAAUUCUAUAAGUGACUUCAAUAUGGUUUAUCUUGAAUCGAAUUUCCGCCUAAAGUUAAUCCAUAGCUUCAUUUGUGAAUUUGAGGAUUGACUAUCGUAUUAUACUACUACUAUCAUUAUGCAACUAUGAACAAGUGGAAGAUGGAUUCGUCAGCAUAUGGACACAUAUGGGGAGAAAAGACAACCAGUCCACCUCCCCGACAGGAACAACAAGGGAGCGAUGACAAGACAUAUGAUAAUCCUAAGCCCAUUCCCAAACCCAGAGUGAAAACUAUUAAUUCAAACAAGGAAAAUGACUAUGGAAUUGCCAGAGAAGCCGGAGCGAAAUCAAACGAUGUUACAGAAAAUGACUAUGGAAUUGUCAGAGAAGCCGGAGCGAAUUCAAACGGUGAACCCGACAUAUUUACACUCCCCCCUCGUCAGGAACUACAAGGUAGCUUUGCUGUCGUCACCAAAGAACAAAUUAGAAGUACUUUACCAAGAAGAGAUGACCUUUUUAAUAUGAUGAAAACUAUGAAUGCAAAAAGUAAUAAUGGGCCAGAAAAGAAUGUAAAAGAAGAUGUACAAGAAUAUAACAAGGCGGUAGAUUUCAAUGUCUUUCUUCUGGAAACUCAAAACGAUAAGGUACGAGGAGUGCUUGAGUUGUCGACUCUGCAUCAUAAUGUAGUUGACAAGGUUCGGACUCGUAUCGUCUGUCUGUUUGACGUCAGUGGUAGCAUGUUGCUCAAAUGUGGAAAGAAGAAAAUAGAUUCAAAGUUAACAUCAUUAAAAAAAAUGGUAGUGGAUUUGAUCGAUGCAUUGGAACACAAUGAAGAUUAUUUGGGUUUGGUAACUUUUGCUGAAGAAGCCAAGACCAUUAUACCCCUAUCACUGAUAACUGAAUCUAAUAGGGCGUCAAUAAAGAAGACUAUUGAAACAAUGGACCAAAAAUAUUCUAGUCGUACUGAUUUAUGUACAGGUCUGAUAACAGCUAUAGAUAUGUUAAAACAAGAAGACGAGGCAACAAAGUACAUAUACAGAAAUGCUAUUAUCGUAUUUUCUGACGGGGAGAUUAACAGUGGUAUUACAGACGUUGAUGCCCUCUUACACGCAACAAGAGAACGAAUACGACAAUGUAAACCGCAAUUAGCGCUCAAGUCAGACCAAUGGUUAAGUAUUUCUUGCGUUACUACUGGUGGUAAUGUGUCGGAGGCCAUGUAUCUCUUGUCCAAAUUCUGCGGUAAUGAUGCUUAUUACUACAUAGACAGCAAUACCGUCAACCCUCAAACUGAUAUGAUGAUUCCGGUGCUACUCAGAAAGUCAGCCAUUGCACAGUUCUUAACCAUGACCGUGUUGACAGAAAAUGGUGCUGAGCUCGAUCCGAAUAAUUGUACAUGGGAACAUAGUAUCCGAAGAAAACACAGACCUAUCUCAAGAGCAACAGAAAGCGUAAAAAUCAGCUAUUAUUUACAUGAUAUGCCUGCUGGAUCCCAGAAACAUUUCGCCGUUGAGGUUGAUUUAAAAAACUACAGGAUACACGAAUCUCCAGAUUUGUUGAAUGUUGAAUUAGAAUUUGUGGACAACAAGGGAAAUAUUCAAACCACCACGAAGCGUGUUAAAUUUAAUGACAUUCUAACCCAGACAUCGUCACCCACUGAAUAUGAAAAGGGCGUUAUUCUUCUUGCAAAAAAUGACAUUCGUUUUUCUAUGCAGGCAUCAUGUAGGAAAACAGCCAAUAUAAUCAGCGAAAAGGAUGGGUCGAGUCCAGAAGCAGUUCUUGAAGAUGGAAUUCUUGACAUCAAGAAGCUGACCGAGAGUUAUGCUGAUAGAGCCAGACAACCAGAAACAAAACAAACCAUUCAUAUUUACGGACGAGAGGUGGUUAAAAAUAUGAGUAAACUGUUAGAAACUAUUACCAAAUCUUCUCGAGGAGAUGGACAUAAAUGGACAAAAAUAAAAGCAGUAUCUUCGUCCAUCUCCCGAGAAACUCCUAAUGUCUCAAAUCUAGUCACCGGAGCAGGCAACCUGUGUCCGUUACCGGCAGUUUCAGACUGCGCUACGAACAGGAUGCGAGCUCUGGCCUUAAAGAUCUUCCAGGACCAAAGAGCAGACGCAGAGAUGUAUAAGAAAUAUGGUGACAAACUUAAGGGCGCAGCGUCGGAUAUUGUACAGAGUAUGGGGCAGAUAAUUGAUGUUCUUAACGCUUCGGGUACGCUACAACGUAAUUCAACAAAAAACGCGACAACAGAACAAGCCAAUACUGAUGAUGAAGAAUAUGACUUUAUUAAACUUGCCAAGGGUAUCGCGUCUUCAUAAAAUAUUUAAAUAGUUAUAGUAUUCUCAAUAACCCAAUAUAAUGCGCAGUGAUAUUGGAAAUAGAUAAUUUGUUUCACAACAUGGACUGCUUGGCUUCAUUAUCCUUUGACCGUAGCUUUUGUGUCUGUCGCGUUUAAAUCAAACAUCUUAACAGAUGCAUUUUCUUACCAAAUUGUACAUUUUUAUCGAUUAGAUCGAUCUAUUUAUAUGUAUAUAUUUAUCCCUUUUCACUUUAGAGGACAAUGAGUGGAAUAACUUCUUUAUUUAAAAGUGCCUCAGUUCUUUUUGAUCUCAUUUGCAAGCUUGCCAGGUUAUUCGCUAAACAAAGUUACAAACACAAUGCAUAUUGAUGCAUAUUAGACAAAAGAAUAAAUUAUUGUUGUGCGAAUAUCAA